GCCUACUAACAAACGAACGAGAAGAUUCAGACUUCAGAGGUGUUUUGACCUGAAAGAGUCAAAACAGAAGUUGCGUGUGUGAGUGUGUCAUAAGUGUAAAUCACACAAAGUGCAGGAGGAAUUCAAUUGUGUUUACAACUUGACUGACUUUUAGAGGAACUAAAAGGGACAGUAUGUAACCAUCCACAGGUUAUCAGUUAACAGGCGGUUUGAAAACUUCCUGGCUGUGAAGAUUGUGCACUUCUCCCAAUGUUGUUACAGCAACUGGAAAGAUGAACCGGUGCCAAUUUUAUUUUAAGCAAUGAUUCAGAUAAGUUGUAAGUAAACAGAUAUAUGUAGUUUCCAACAAGGAGGAGGAGGAAGGUUUUCCAUCUACAUUUAAAAUGUCAAGUGUGCUUUCAUCCAUAAUGGGGCUCAGUUCCCUCAAAAGGAAACAAGCCAAAAUGUUCAACGUCAGAAUAGUGACGAUGGAUUCUGAAUUGGAGUUCAGCUGCGAGCUGAAGUGGAAAGGAAAGGAUCUGUUUGAACUCGUGUGCCGGACGCUGGGGCUUAGGGAGAGCUGGUUCUUUGGUCUGCAGUAUGAUGUUAAAGACACCAUCGCAUGGCUCAAGAUGGAUAAGAGGGUUUUGGACCAUGAUGUGCCCAAAGAGGAGCCAAUAGUUUUCCAUUUCCUGGCUAAGUUUUACCCUGAGAAUGCUGAGGAGGAGCUGGUGCAGGACAUAACCCAGCAUCUCUUAUUUUUACAGGUGAAAAGGAAGAUUCUUGAAGAGGAGAUCUACUGUCCUCCUGAGGCCUCAGUGCUGUUAGCCUCGUACGCAGUCCAUGCUAAGUAUGGUGAUUACGAUCCUAGUGUCCACAAGCCGGGCUUCCUGUCCCAGGAGGAGCUGCUACCAAAGAGAGUUAUUAAUCUAUACCAGAUGACCACAGAAAUGUGGGAGGAGAGAAUCACAAUCUGUUAUGCUGAGCACAGGGGCAGAACCAGAGAUGAAGCAGAGAUGGAGUACUUAAAAAUAGCUCAGGACCUGGAGAUGUAUGGGGUCAAUUACUUCUCCAUUAGGAAUAAAAAGGGAACCGACUUGCUGUUAGGUGUUGAUGCUUUGGGUCUCCACAUUUAUGAACCCGAGAAUAAACUGACACCCAAAAUCUCUUUUCCCUGGAAUGAGAUCAGAAACAUCUCCUACAGCGAUAAAGAGUUUGCCAUUAAGCCCUUGGAUAAGAAAGCAGACAUGUUUAAGUUCAACCCAUCAAAACUGAAGGUCAAUAAACUGAUUCUUCAGCUGUGCAUUGGGAACCAUGAUCUCUUUAUGAGGAGACGUAGAGUGGACUCGCUGGAGGUCCAGCAGAUGAAGGCACAGGCGAGAGAAGAGAAGGCUCGGAAACAGAUGGAACGCCAGACGUUGGAAAGAGAGAAAAGGUUGCGCGAGGAGGCAGAGAGAGCUCGCGAUGAGCUGGAGAGGCGACUGAUGCAGGUACAGGACGAAGCUCAGAUGGCCAAUGAAGCACUGUUACGUUCAGAGGAGAUGGCUGACCUGUUGGCAGAGAAGGCACAGAUCGCAGAAGAAGAGGCCAAGCUGUUGGCACAGAAAGCAGCCGAGGCAGAGCAGGAGAUAUACCGUAUUAAGGUGACGGCGAUUCGCACUGAAGAGGAGAAACGACUGAUGGCGCAGAAGAUGCUCGAGGCGGAGAUGCUUGCACUGAAGAUGGCAGAACAGUCUGAGAGGAGGGCAAAAGAGGCCGACCAGCUGAAACAGGACCUGCAGGAGGCCCGAGAGUCGGAACGCCGAGCCAAAAACAAACUGCUGGAGAUAAGCAGCAAAUCGGCGUAUUCGCCUGCACCGCUGUCUGCCAACGCUCUUCCCCCUGACGGCACUAACCUCAACUUCAGCACUGAGAACCUGAGUUAUGACUUCAAAGACACGGACAUGAAACGGUUGUCCAUGGAGAUCGAGAAAGAGAAGGUGGAGUACAUGGAGAAGAGCAAACAUCUUCAGGAGCAGCUGAAUGAACUGAAGACAGAGAUUGAGUCAUUAAAGCUAAAAGAGCGAGAAACGCCGAUGGAUAUCCUGCACAACGAGAACGCAGAGAAAGGCACCAGCAAACAGAGCAACUUUAAAAAGCUCACUCUACAGAGCACAAAAUCCAGAGUGGCUUUCUUCCAAGAGCUAUAGCUAUCUGAACGGAUCAUUCAAAACCGUUUCUAUGUGUAAAUGUCAAUCCUGACAGGCGGUGACCCAUUCCUCUACACUUAGUACAUUCCGGUGAUGAAGAAUGUCACAUUUACACGAGACGACCAGGGUCUCGACGUGACCUACAGAGACACUGGUCUUUCCCUCAUCUACAAGCAGAAAAGAAUGAAUUCGUUCAUAAAUCUAUUAUGAAGACAUGACAUGGACAUAAAGUGCACACACGCUACCUACACUACAUCUGUGAAUCUCACUUUCAUUUCUCCGACUGCAUAGCAAAUUUUUGACUCACAUUUGAUAUGUCCGAAUAAUCGACCUAAAGCAGUGGUAUUAUACCAUUGUGAUGUAUUAGGCCGUGUUCAUACUUGACUUCUUUUCCAAGCUGCUAGCAUCUGUUUUACAUUAUAAUGCUAUGGAGUAAACCGUGUUUUCCAAAAACAUCCUGAGCGCAUCUUUGGAGGUUAAAAAAGGUUUAAUUUUCUGAAAAAAACGACCUACAUCAAGCUCCUUUUUCACAGCUAACCAAUGAAAGAGACCUGUCGUUUCCAUAACAACAUGCGAGGAACCUGAUUGGCUCUAAAGAAAUAAAUCCGAAACGCCCCUUGGAGCAUAGUUUUGUAUAAAUGUAUAUUUAAUUUUCACUUUCAACAACUUCUGAUUGCAUUUCUAUCGAGAAAUUAGUAUUGUUGUUUUUUAAAAUGUGAUCCGUUGUUGCAAAGACGCUCCCAGUUUAUAAUUCAAAUAGACUUCUGUUACGCUGCCUAUCUGUUUCUCUGGGCUGCCUUUGUGCACAUUCUCUGAAGUCAUGGCGUUCGGCUGCUUUUUGUAACCAAAGCGAACAGCGCCUUUGUCAACCUUUUCUUGUCAAAAAAGAAGUCAAGUGUAAAAACGGGCUAAGGCUACUUUAUAUUUUUGCUUUUACAUAAGUUUGAAUUGAACCUCAUUGUGUUACGGUUUUAAAGCUGGUUACUCCUCGUGGAAGAAUUUGAUGAUAAUAUGUGAUGUAUAAAGGAAAGUAAUACUAUUGAAAAACAAAACGCCAUUGACUUUUUGAUGUAUUUUACUUUUAGUUUACUUUUCUUGAAAUGCUUUACAAUGUUUAAAGAAAUGAAUAUAUUUUUUAAAACGUUUUUGUGCUGAGAAAUAAAGAAGUUGAAUUUC